CCCUCGUGUGCAGACGUUCACGUGAACCGCGGCACAUCGUAAUUCUCUUCAUAGUUUGUGUUUCAAAAUGCAUUUAACACACGAACUAGAGCUCUUUCCCGACCGCAGGGUGACUCAAAUGCUUUUCAAGGAGGUCAAAAACGCUGCAGAGUUGAGACAGUGUGCGGUGGAGGGUAAAAUACAGGGUGCUCUGAUUAACCCGACGAUGGUGGUGAAUCCUUUCCAGGUGCUCGUAGCUGCCAACAAGGCAGUUCAUUUACAGAAAAGUGGGAAAAUGAAGACGAGAAGUUUGUACUCUGAAAUAAUCUUCAACCUCUCGCCUACUAAUAAUAUCUCGGAGGCGUUCAAAAGGUUUGGGAGCUCUGAUGGCGAUGACUCUGUCCUGGUGGUCCUAGUUCACGACAAAGAUGAUCCACAGCUGCUGGCAGACAUCGCGGCCAGGGUGAGCGGACGACAGGUUCCAGCAGAAGAUGUUUCCUCGCUGACGGACCAUGCAAAAAUCAAAAAGCUUUAUAAAAUCCCCCCCCAGGAGGAGAAGUGUGGGACUCUGCUGGACGCGGUUGUAUGCAGGAUGGCCACUAAGGAUGUCAUGUAGCUAUGACAGGAAAAAGGACUUUUAAAAAAAAAACCAACAAGUGGUUGUCUUUUUUGAUAUGAGAUUUGGAUUCACAUUGAUAAUGUUUCCUGCUGUCCCGAAAUAUGCAAACCUUCUCUACACAAACUCAAAUUAAUCAAAAGUAAACAUUUUCCCAGCUGAAAAUAUAUCUUGUUUUUCAUAUA